GCUUUCCGUGAAGCCUACCAGUUGCGGGAGUGUCAGGGAACACUUGGACAGCAAGUUUAUCCUUUUCAGUUCAAAAAUCUGUUGGGAGUCAACAUCAGUCUGAUUCUAGACAGUUCCUUUGAGGUUGUUGAUGAAAGCAUGUCAGUGAAUCUGAAUGAAUUCCCUAGUGGUAAAGAAGUUUACAUGAAUAUAGCCACCAAGAAGGUUCUCUUCAAGGACGAGUCCCUGAUACGAUCCACUCAGCCAGUGGAGAAGAUGAUCAGCAUUCUUCUGGAAGGCAGCAGCACCCGCUACGAUGUUUACAUUAAGCAAGCCAGGAAGAGAGUGUUCACAUUUGGCAGUGACAAGGUUGUGGUGAAUGUGGAGGUGCUCCUUGGGCAGAAGAUCAUCUCAUUUACAUCACUUGUGCUGGUCAAGAAUCACUUGAAUGUGCCAAUACUAAUCAAGUAUGCCAAUGACCAUGUGGUUGAGAUGGCAGGAGAUGUGUAUCCAGACAGUUCUUUACCUCUGCCUCUGAAAGCUGUCAGUAGUCCCAGUGGGCAGCUGUUCUUUCAGCCCAAAACUGAAGACUAUCACUUCUCAGCCUGUCAUGAGGGCAUCAUAUGGAAGAAUUUAACAGAUAAUACAAAGGUCAAACAAAUAACUUGUGAAACACUGGAUAAGGGACAGCCUGCUUAUUACUUCAAUAUCUUACCAGAGUUUGAAAAAAUCCUUGAAGGAAACACCAGGGAGCUUUUACAUGAGAUUGUGACCCUUCACCUACAUCCCACAGUCAUCCUGCACAAUCUACUACCAUUCAGCGUCCAGAUGUCACUGCAGGGCACAAGUGAAACCCACACAUUAGAGGCAGGCCACAACAUCCCCCUAAGUCAUGCGUCUGUCAAUGAAAGUGUGCUUCUGGUGCAGAUCCCUGCCUACAGAAGCCAUCAGUGGGCUGGACGUAUUGAGAUCUCCAACACUGCACCAGAAAUAGGCACACUGAGAUUUAAGAGUGAAGAGAAUGGGAACCCAGUUUAUAUGUUCUUGGGUCUGCACUGCAAAGCCAAUGAGGGUAGCCUGGAUAUAACAGUAUACAGUCCUUACUGGAUUGUCAACCUAACCAACCAAGAUUUGACUCUCAAGGAGAAUGAUAAAGAAAUCUUGUUUCAUCACACAAAAGAUGACAAGGAAGUCAU